CCCAAACCACUUUGAAUGUUAAAGAAACCCUGAAACCCCGUUUCCAUUACAAAAGCAGUCUACACUCACACUCUACACCACUCUGUGUGUCUCAACGGCAACACCAGCUGUCCUCCUCGUUAAUGGCGGUUUCAAUCUCCGUUCUCGUCGUUAUCGUGUCCCUUCACCUCAUGGCCUUCGUCCUCGCCAUCGGCGCCGAACGCCGCCGUAGCACGGCAAAAGUGGUGCCGGACCAGUACGAUGAGUACGAUUACUGUGUCUACGCCUCCGAUGCGUCGACGGCGUAUGGUUUGUCGGCGUUUGGGCUGUUGCUCAUCAGUCAGACGGUUGUUAGCGGUGUUACCAAGUGUUUAUGCUUUGGUAAAGGUCUUGUGAGGGGUAGGUCAAAGACUAUUGCGAUCUUCUUCUUCAUUUUCUCCUGGAUCAGUUUUCUUGGGGCAGAAGCAUGUCUACUUGCAGGAUCUGCUAAAAAUGCUUACCACACUAAAUACAGAGGCAUCUACCAUGUAACAGAUCUGUCAUGUGAGACUUUACGUAAAGGUGUGUUUGCUGGUGGGGCCGCGUUGACUUUUCUUUCAAUGGUGGCUUCGAUUGUCUACUAUGCGGUCCACUGUAAGGCGGACACGGGUGGAUGGGAAAAGCACCAGAAUGAAGAACUAGGUAUGACUUCGUCUGGUUUUACCGGGAAUCAGGGUCAAAAUGCUGGUCAAUUUGAAAAGCUUUGAUUAAGUUAAUAAUUUCGUUAAUAUUAUUUAUAUUAUAGAAAAAGAAAAGAAAAGAAAUAUGAGAUUUGAGAGUUGUGUUUAAGGUUAUUAUAUUAAGAUUAAAUAUUAGUGAUUAUGUACUACUUUUUGAUGUUUGAAUGUGUUGAUGUUGAUUAUGUA